AUGGGAUCGGUGAUCCCGGAUGUCGAUGCAUUCCCAGAAACUGGCACACCGCACCAUCACAAACUGGAAGGUUACGACCUGUACAAGAGUCUGGGCUCCCCAAAAUGCAUCGUGGCUCCCAUGGUAGACCAAUCGGAGCUUGCAUGGCGCAUACUCUGCCGCAGGUACGGCGCCGAUCUUGUGUACACCCCGAUGAUCAACGCAAAAAUCUACGUGCAGCAAGGCCGUGGCACUCAUCGCGUGCGGGAAGGGUUCUUUAACCAGGAUGUGGGCGAGGAGGGUGCACACACUCUUGAUCUCUGCGAUGAUAGAAAAGACUCUGACCGUCCGCUGAUCGUACAGUUCUGUGCGAAUGACCCGGAUAUGCUCUUAGAGGCAGCACAAGCCGUGCAGGACAAGUGUGAUGCGGUUGAUCUGAACUUGGGAUGCCCUCAGCAGAUUGCAAAACGCGGAAAGUUCGGUGCGUUUCUCAUGGACGAUUGGGACUUGGUGUUCCGUCUCAUCAACACAUUGCAUUUGAAUCUGAAGGUGCCCGUGACGGCCAAGUUCCGCGUGUAUGACUCGGUCGAAAAGAGCAUUGCUUACGCGCGUAUGAUACAAAGGGCAGGUGCGCAGAUUGUCACGGUGCACGGCCGUACGCGCGAAAUGAAGGGACACAAAACAGGCCUUGCUGACUGGUCCAUUAUGCGCGCUGUCAAAGAAGCGCUCGCGAUCCCUGUGUUUGCAAAUGGCAAUAUUCUCUACGCUCAAGACUGGCGUGACUGUCUAGCCUAUACUGGAUGUGACGGAGUCAUGAGUGCGGAAGGCAACUUGUACAACCCAACUCUAUUCCAUCGUGAGUUGGGACGAGAUCUGUCCGUGCUCUGUGAUCCAGCAGCAGAUCAUGCGCAAUUCGAACCUAUGCAGUUGAUUCGUAUCGCUCAUGAGUACCUUGAUAUCGUUGCCAGGCUCAAGACACCCACCUCUCACAGUGCGCUCAAGGGCCACAUGUUCAAGAUCACGCGCCCUGCACUGUGUAUCCAUACAGACUUGAGACCCGUUCUGGGCAAUGCACACACGUACGACGACGGCGAUGGCGAGCAUCAAAUCCGUGAGUAUCGCGCAUUUGUACAUGAGCUUGAGAAGCGCCUCGAAGCCGAUGCAUCACAACCAACAUACUAUACCCGACCAAGUGAGUUGCCACAUCACUACGUUGCUCCGCCGCAUAUCCAAGAUGCCUCUGAUCGAGCUACUCGACCAGACUAUAUUCCUCACUGGUACUUGCAACCGUACUUUCGUCCACCUUAUAAUCCACCACAACCCAAAGACAAUAAGGCAGACGCGUCUUCAGCACCAAACAAGGAGUCAAGCAAUGUGCAUAACCCACCGUCACCGUCCACAGAGGCUGAGCCUAGUGUGAAACGUGUGAAAAUAGAGUCGUAG